AAAACAGCUUUAACAUAUAAAACUAUUGAAACAUAUAGUUUACAUGAGAUAUAAAAACAUAAAUACUUAACAUACAUGUACUUGCCAUUUGAAUUUUAACUUUUUAAACACGUCUGAGUUCUCAGUAACGUAAAAACAUUACAUUGUUCGAAAUUUCAAACUCACUUACAAACGUAUUGAUCUACAGCUGAGUCUUUAGCAAUUACGUAUUAAGCUUACAAAUAACAAUAAAUAUAUAUACAUUUUUCUUAAUAUCCAGAACAAAAUAAGAAAAAAAAAAUAAUAAAAUAAAAAGUGUUAACAACAAACAGCAGCAAUAACAAGAAGAGUAACUCAGUCAGUUAGUCGGUUAAGUGAUUCAUUGAUACUUUAUAACUAAUUACUACUACUCUUACUCACUCAAAAUCUCUACGUCUUUUCCCUCAAACUACAUUAACUCCUCUUUCUUCACGUCUUGUGUUUGCGGUUUGCUACAAAAUCUCAUCAUAAUUAUAUCUACGCCACCACAACCGUCAUCAUCAUUGAAUACAAAUAUUGAAAUAUAAAAACAGCUCAAUAUGAAUUCGGAGCAUGGAUUUAAUCCAGCCUUUAAUAUGGCCACCAUAAGGCAAGCUUUCUCAGAGGCUGUUGAAAGAGUGAGGAUGCCUACACCUACACGUUUAAGAGAUCUCAUAAGACAGAUACGUGCUGCUCGUACAGCUGCAGAAGAACGUGCUGUUGUUAAUAAAGAAUGUGCCUACAUACGCACUACUUUUCGAGAAGAGGAUCCCGUAUGGAGAUGUCGCAAUAUUGCCAAAUUAUUAUACAUACACAUGUUGGGUUAUCCGGCACACUUUGGGCAAUUGGAAUGUUUAAAAUUGACAGCCAGUACACGUUUUACAGAUAAACGUAUUGGUUACUUGGGAGCCAUGCUGCUGUUAGACGAACGUCAAGAUGUUCAUUUAUUAAUAACAAAUUGUUUGAAAAAUGAUUUAAAUAGUUCAACACAAUUUGUUGUGGGUUUGGCUUUGUGCACCCUGGGUGCCAUUGCCUCACCUGAAAUGGCACGUGAUUUAGCCAGCGAAGUGGAGCGUCUUAUGAAAUCACCAAAUACUUAUAUACGCAAAAAAGCCAUCCUUUGUGCUUUUCGUGUUAUACGCCGCGUACCAGAAUUAAUGGAAAUUUUCUUACCGGCCACUCGUUCGCUGUUGAGUGAGAAAAAUCAUGGUAUUCUAAUAACGGGUGUUACAUUAAUAACAGAAAUGUGUGAAAACAGUGCCGAUACUUUGAUGCAUUUUAAAAAGAUUGUACCAAAUUUGGUGCGCAUUUUGAAAAAUCUUAUAUUGGGUGGCUAUUCGCCGGAACAUGAUGUUAGCGGUGUAAGUGAUCCAUUUUUACAAGUGAAAAUCUUAAGAUUAUUACGUAUUUUGGGACACAAUGAUACGGACGCUUCGGAGGCCAUGAAUGAUAUAUUAGCACAAGUGGCUACCAAUACAGAGACAAGUAAAAAUGUGGGCAAUACUAUAUUGUAUGAGACAGUAUUGUCUAUAAUGGAUAUAAGAUCCGAGGGUGGCUUACGUGUUUUGGCUGUUAAUAUAUUGGGUCGUUUCUUAUUGAAUUCGGAUAAAAAUAUACGUUAUGUGGCUUUAAAUACUUUACUGCGUACGGUACAUGCUGAUACCUCAGCUGUACAGAGACAUCGUACUACAAUUUUGGAGUGCCUCAAGGAUCCGGAUGUAUCGAUACGAAAACGUGCUAUGGAAUUAUCAUUUGCUUUAAUUAAUGCCCAAAAUAUACGUACGAUGACAAAAGAAUUGCUAUUGUUUUUGGAAAAAGCCGAUCCAGAAUUUAAAGCUCAAUGUAGUUCGGGUAUGAUUUUAGCAGCUGAACGUUAUUCACCCAAUACAAGAUGGCAUUUAGAUACACAGCUAAGUGUUUUAAUAGCGGCUGGUAAUUAUGUACGUGAUGAUGUGGUCUCAUCAACUAUACAACUUGUUUCUAGCAGUCCUGCUUUAGAGCAAACUUAUAUAACCAAUCGUUUUUGGGAAUCUUUACAAGUGUCCAAUCACUGUGAAGAUAAACAACCUUUACUGCAGGUGGCUGUUUGGGCCAUUGGUGAAUAUGGUGAUAUGUUUAUGUAUAGUUCUAAUGAUGAUGAAUUUGAACGUCCCUCAGAGAGUGAAUUAAUUGCAAUGUUCCAUAAAUUUUUAACUUCUGCUCAAGUUUCCAUAACUAGCAAGCAAUACGCUUUAGUGUCCUUAGCCAAGCUAAGCACUAGACUACAAAGUUGUGUGGAAGAAGUCCAGGCUUUGAUCACUUCCUUUGGUAGCCAUUUAAAUGUUGAUUUACAACAAAGAGGUGUAGAGUUUUCACAACUAUUUGGCACUUAUAAACACUUACGUCCAGCUCUUUUGGAGAAAAUGCCAGCCAUGCAAGUGAGUCGCAUGUCUUCACAGAAUGGUGAGAGCAGCGGUUCAUACGAUGACAAUAGUCCCGAUCUAAUCGAAAAUGGUUUAGCUGAUGAACAAAUCAAUACGGAAAGCAAUAUGAACAACAUGAGUGAUAAUACGAACAUUCUAUUGGAUCUUUUGGGUGGCUCAGAUUUAACCACCAAUACCAACACUGCGAUAACAACAUCAACAGAUUUAUCGGUGCAAAAGAAAAAUACGCUCAAUGCUAAUAACGAUACAACAACAACUGCAAAUAAUCAAGAUUUUCUCGAUUUAUUGGGUUUGGACAUGUCAUCGGCCACACAAUCAUCCACAACAACAACAAAUGCUACCUCCAAUGUCCUCAAUACAAAUAUGAAUAAUGUUUUAGUGGGUACAGGUGGUGGUCUUGGUGUUGGUGGCGGCGUGGGCAUGAUAGGCGGUUUAGGUGAUUUAAAUAGUAUUUUAUCAACAACAACAACAACAUCAACCACCGUAGUACCAACAAAUGGUAAUGAUUUAUCUUCAAUUAUGGCUGCCGCUAGUAUAACAACACCGUCAAUGGAUUUAACACAACAGAAUACUUUAAUUAGUGAUCCUUUAGCAACAGCAACAACUGCUUCAAAUAAUGUUAGUGUGCCUCAAGGUCCAAAAUUGACAGCUUUGAAUAAGAAUGGUGUUUUGGUUCAAUUAGUACCGGUUAAAGCUAAUGAUUCAAUGCAAAUUUAUAUGACAACUACAAAUAGUUCGACAUCAACAUUGGAACAAUAUCUAUUUCAGGCGGCAGUUCCUAAAAGUUUUACUCUACAAAUGCUGUCACCAUCUGGUUCAGUUUUACCACCGGGUGGUGUUAUAACACAAGAAAUGCGUGUUGUCAGUACAUCAAGUGCUACACUACGCAUGCGUAUACGCAUAUCAUACAUAAUUGAUGGUGUUAAUGUUCUAGAACAGACAGAAGUGAGUGGUUUUCCUGAUACAACACCAGAAUAGGAAUAACUUUUAAGUUAAACAAAAAAAAAAAUAAAUAAACUAAAAUUUACAGUAUAAUUACUAAAAAAAAUGAAAAUAUGAAAACAAGAAAACCCUACAUAAAAGUUAAACAACUGCAGAAUAAUAAAAACAACAAAAAAAAAACUUAUAAAUUUAAUCAUAACACAAAAACUAUACAAAACAUAUAGUGAUGAAGCAGAGAGAAUGAGAUAACAAUUAGCAAAAUCAAAUUCAUUUCAUUUAAACAGGUAAUUAAGUUUAAACAAAAAAACCAUUACAUUAAAUAAAUGAAAAAUAUAAAUAAAACUAUAAAUAAAAACUACAUACAUACUUACUAACAAAACAAACAAACAACAACAACAAUUUUAUGAAAAAAAAACAAACACAAACUCCCUCCCUUUUUGCGAUAUGAAAACGAAUUAAAAAAAAUUUCUUUGGAAAAGAAUGUGAGAUAGUACUUUUGAAUAGGAAAAGAAAAACAAAACAAAAAUACAUAAAAUAUAUAUUUUUUUGUAAUAUACAACAAAAUUACACUAAACAAAGGACUUUUUUCUAUUAAUAUAUCUUUUUAAAACAAAUAUAA